AUGGAAAAUAAAUCAACAACUAUAAAUAUUGAAGCUAUUUCACAAGAACUUGCAAAAAAUUUAGAAAUAAAUGAAAACAAUGUAGAAACUAUUGAUGAAAUCAAGAAAAAUAUUGAAGAUAUAAAUGACAUCGAUACAAGAUCAGAAAUAGCAUCUAAAGAACUUUAUGAAGCUGCACAUCAUUUAGAUUCUUUGUAUAAUAAGAUCGAUUCUCUUGAAAGAUUCAUUAGUGUGGUCAAACAAACUGUAAAUGAUGUGACUGAUAGAGUUGAUGAGGCAGAAAAUUUUUUGACAAAUCCAAUUAAUCGUACUACUGCCAAAUCAGUCGAACCUUCACAAUUCAAUCUCCCACCAAUGAAACCAUUAAAAAUAUAUAAAACACUAGAUCAUUUUCCAGAAGCCAAUACCACUAAUGAAUUGGAAGAAGAUAAUAACGAAAAAAAAUAA